CCGAUGUGAUCUUAAGGUUUCUUAUGAAUGAUUCAUCAAAAAUCAAGGACUGCAGACUUCACCACACAUGAUGCUGUUUUCUUUUCAUGGAAUGCAUGGGUAAUGUAUCUUAUGUUGUAUCCAUCCAUCUCUCUCUCUUAUAUAUGAAUCAUGGCACGUUUCAGCUGUACAAAAUGUAUAGUCAUCUCUCUUUUACUUUGCACAUCCUAUUUCUUAUUCUUGGACGUGCCUAUGAAAUACAAACCCAUGGAGACUGCUGUACACAACCGGAUUAAAAAUACCAUAGAUAUAGGAUCACAUAUUCAGAGAUGGAGCUGGAUAUCAACACAGAACUCAAGAGAAACAUUGGACACUAAAGUGAUAAAUAACUAUACACAGAGAAGAGAAAGGGAUGUGGUGGGCAAUGUGAAACCUCAACAAAGGGAACCUUGGAAAAUAUUGGGCUGGAGGAAAAAAAUUAUGCAGAGAAAUCUGAGAGAAAAGGUUCAUGUUUGGAACGAAAAUAUGUCAUCCAAGGACUUGAAUCCUAGAUUGCAAAAAGUGAGGAGAGGUUAUCAGAUAAUGAACAAAUAUAAUGUCACAUUUCAAGGAAAACUUGGGCAGAGGCUUAGGCCAACGGAAAUUCUUUGUAAUCUAAGAAACAGGGUGAACAUGAGUACUAUUAGAAAAACUGACUUGCCUAGAAGUGAUUAUUUCUGGACCGACUAUCUCCCUAUUGACACCCUGCAGGAAAAGGUUGGAAAACUAGGACGGUGUGCUGCUGUGUCUUCAGCAGGCUCCAUAAAGUCCUCAGGACUUGGACCCGAGAUCGACUCACAUGAUGCUGUUUUAAGGUUCAACGCAGCUCCAACAUCCGGAUUUGAGGCUGAUGUGGGAUCAAAAACUACCUUACGUUUGCUAAACUCCCAGCUGGUUUCUCGGCCUGAACUUAUGUUCCUGGAAGAUCCUAUGUAUAAAACUGGGAUACUAAUCAUGUGGGACCCUGUACCAUAUAAAGUAGAUCUUCCGCAGUGGGUCAAGAAGCCAGACUAUGAGUUCUAUAAACAUUAUAUUAAAUACCGAAAAGAGAAUCCUGAUCAACCCUUUUACAUCCUGAACCCUCUCAGUACCUGGCAGCUCUGGGACAUCAUUCAGGAGAAUGCACCUGAGAAAAUCCAUCCCGACCCUCCAUCAUCAGGUUUGCUGGGAAUCUUAUUGCUUAUGAAUCUCUGUGACCAGGUCAAUGUGUAUGAGUUCCUUCCAUCGAAACGACGUAGUGACCUAUGUUAUUACUACCAGAAAUUUUAUGAUCAAGCAUGCACAAUGGGGGGGUACCAUCCACUCAUGUAUGAGAAAAACCUAGUAAAGAAGAUCAACCAAGGCGGUGAUAGAAACAUUUACUACAAUGGAAAGGUCACACUGCCUGGACUCGAGAAGCUGCAGUGCGAGACAGAUUGAUAAAGUAUGUAGAAAAAACAGGAAUGUAAAGGAUGAAGGAGACUUGAGGAAUAUGAAGGGUUAUGUAGGUUUUAUAAUUUGUAAGGAGCUGCUAUUUUGAAGCAGAAUUCCUGUGUAUAACAUAUGUUUUGAAAAGCUUUUUAAAGCGUUUCAUUUAUAUUAUAAGA